AUGCAUCUGCCAAUCGGUUUUCUGCUCCUCUGCCUGUCGUCGAUACAGACAGUACUCUCAAAACCGACAGCAAGGUCCUACGACACCCACGACUACUAUGUCAUUCACCACAACCCCAACUUGGUCGAUAGUCCAUCGCUGGUCGAUGUUGCCAAGACCCUUGGAGUCGAGCUCGUAGAACAAGCAGGCGAGCUUCAGGACCACUGGCUUGUACGACGGCUAAAACCAACAGAUGCUCUGCAAAGAAGAGACGAUGGGCAGUUUGACCCAGUGGUGGAAACCUAUCGAGCGUUGCGGCGGCAGGCGGACUCGGGGAUCCAAGCUCGCUCUGAGCAUGCACGAAGAUUCGUCGACGCUGUCCCUUACCUCGAACGACAAACGCUCAGACGGAGAAGUAAACGUGCACCACCUCCAGAAAAACCACCAUCCCCUACGUCCGCCCGCGGCGUUGCAGCACGUCUGGGCCUCCAAGAUCCACUCUUCACCGAGCAAUGGCAUCUCGUAAACGACGAAUUCCCAGAGCAUAUGAUGAACGUGGUGCCAGUAUGGGACAUGGGCAUUACUGGAAAGGGCGUCAUAUCGUCCUUGGUAGACGAUGGCCUCGACUAUGAUAGCGAGGACCUCGCAGAGAACUUUGACAGGGAAAACUCCUACGACUUCAACGAUCACGAAGAGCUCCCCACACCCAAAAACUACGAUGAUUACCAUGGUACUCGUUGUGCCGGCCAAGUCGCAGCCGUUCGAAACAAUGCCUGUGGUGUGGGUAUUGCUUACAACUCCAAAGUUGCCGGUGUUCGAAUUUUGUCCGGACCCAUCUCGGAUGUCGACGAAGCAGCAGCACUCAAUUAUGGCUUCCACAACGUUUCUAUUUAUAGUUGCAGCUGGGGACCUCCGGACAAGGGCCAGUCGAUGGAAGGUCCUGGAUAUCUCAUCAAGAAGGCUGUGGUAAAUGGGAUCAACAACGGUAGGGGAGGAAAGGGCUCAAUCUUCGUCUUCGCCUCCGGAAAUGGCGCUGGCUUUGGAGACCAAUGCAACUUCGAUGGGUACACCAACAGCAUAUACUCGGUUACAGUGUCGGCUGUCGACUAUAAAGGCAUGCAUCCCUACUAUUCCGAAUCUUGUGCAGCAAAUAUGAUUGCUGCCUAUAGCUCGGGCAGCGGGAAGCACAUUGUCACGACCGACAAAAACUCGAGAGGCAAGACACAAUGCUCUCGAGUACAUGGCGGCACUUCUGCAGCAGCUCCAAACGCUGUCGGUGUUUUUGCACUUGCGCUCGAAGUUCGACCUGACCUUACAUGGCGCGAUAUACAGCACCUUUGUGUCGAAACCGCUCGCAUGAUCAACAAGGAGGACCCUGAUUGGGACUACAUUGCCAACGAUAAGCGAUACAGCUACAAGUACGGCUUCGGUGUUUUGGAUGCAGAGCGGUUUGUCAAGGCUGCACAAGAUUGGAAACUCGUCAAGCCUCAAGCCUGGUUCAAUACUCCUACCAUUCAGUUGGAGAAUGGCACCAUGAACGAGAGCAAGGAAUACAGCGGAGGAACGUUGAUUGGCGCCGAUGGCGUCAGCAGCCAGAUAGAAAUAACCAAGGAUAUGCUCAUCGAGAACAACUUCGAAACCCUUGAGCACAUCAACGUCAAGGUUUGGAUUAACCACACGAGACGCGGAGACGUGGAAGUGGAAUUGGUUAGUCCUGGGGGUAUCAAGAGCAUUUUGGCCUCGAAGCGGGACAGUGACGCCGCUACGACUGGGUUCCCGGGAUGGACGUUCAUGAGCGUCAAACAUUGGGGCGAGGAUCCCAUUGGCAACUGGACACUCACAGUGUUCGACCAGCAAAAGGAGGACGAGCACGGUCGGUUCCUUGGCUGGAACAUGAUUUUCUGGGGGAGCACAAUCGACCCAUCAAAAGCUGAAAAAUACGAAGUUCCCCUAGUCGAAGACGUUCUCCCACCUAUUGUACUUCCGAAAGUAGAACCGCCGAAACCCUCAACUACGAUACAGCACUCGAAACCCACGGAACCUCCACUUCCUGUCAGCAGCGAGGAGUCAUCUGUGGAGGCCUCCACGACGCCGGCAUUGUCACCAACCGAAAGCGCCCCUGCUUCCGCUUCCGCCUCCCCCACGCAGAACAUUCCAACAAUAGACCAAGGAUGGUUCCCCGACAUGUCGAAACUCAUUGCAAACCAGAAGUGGUUCUUCGGUGCCAUUGGCGCGGUUGCGGUGUUCGGUAUUGGAGCUGUAGCCUUCUUCUGGAGAAGGAAAUUGGCGAGGCGCGCUAAUACUGAAUACAGCGCGCUCGCGAACGACGAGUUGUCGAUGACAAGUGUGGGUCCACUAACCGGCCACGCUCGUACGACAAGGGAACUGUAUGAUGCCUUUGGAGAUGUUUCCAGCGAUGAGGACGACGAGACUGCUGCCUUACGACCUGGCCAAACGCAACCUUUGGGCGGUCAACUUGGGUAUCAUUCAGGCUUUUUGGACGAUGGAGAACCGUCUGUAGGUCCGACGGCAACUACAUAUCGUGACGAGCCCAAUCCAGAAGACGCCGAGACACCAACUCAACCACCACUUCCCCGGUCAGAGACCGCGACCUCCACUUCGACAACAGCGCCAGCAAGUCCGAGUGGUAGUGGGAGUAGUUGGGAACACGCACACGCUUCGUCUUAA